CGGCUAUUUGAUUAAAAUAUUUUAGUGGUAAUACAACAGCCGUCAGCUAAUCAGCAACAUGUGGACAGCAGUGCGAAGUGGACUGUUUUGAUGUUUUGUUUUUCUAUUUUCUCAACUAAAUAAAGUGAUCAACGAUGAAGGAGACGCCGCUGUCAAACGUUGAACGGGACUUUAUUAUAGAUGCCAUCAAGUCAGGAAAGAGAUUAGAUGGUCGUGACACAUAUGACUACAGAAACAUCAAGAUCGUAUUUGGUAUAGAGAGAGGUAGCUGUGAGGUACAUCUUGGACAGACGAGAGUGUUGGCUCAAGCGUCAUGCAAGGCUGUGGAACCUAAGAAUGCCAGACCAACAGAAGGACAACUCUAUCUAAAUCUUGAACUCUCACCGAUGGCUUCACCCAGCUUCGAGGCAGGACGGUUAUCGGAGUACGGAGUUGAGCUGAAUCGGUUAUUGGAGAAAUGUCUUAAGGAGUCCAGAGCUGUGGAUUUAGAGUCUCUCUGCAUUGUAGCUGGGGAAAAGGUUUGGCAGAUCCGUGUGGAUGUUCAUGUCUUGAACCACGAUGGUAGCAUCUUAGACUGCGCUAGUGUCGCAGCAAUAACUGCCCUGUCUCACUUCAGGAGGCCAGAUGUUUCAGUCGUUGGAGAAGCAGUCACAAUUCAUCUACCAGAGGACAGAGAUCCAGUGCCAUUGAGUGUGCAUCACAUGCCACUUUGUACCACAUUCGCUUUCUACGAACAGGGGAAGUAUCUUCUGGUGGAUCCGAUGUACAAAGAAGAGUUGGUGAUGGAAGGCAACAUGGUAGUGUCAAUGAAUGCCCACAGGGAACUAUGCACAGUCCAGAUGACAGGAGGGAUGCUUCUACUGAAGGACCAGAUUUUGCGAUGUUCCCAGAUUGCUGUCAUCAAGGUUGGUGAGAUUACAGAACUCAUUAAGAAGGCCUUGAGUAAUGACGCCAGAGCACGGUCAGAGGGACGGAAGUUUGGUUUUGCAGAAUCCCUUCCUCAGAGGAGAAUAACUACAUCUGUAGCCAAACCUGAGCCCGUCGAUACAUCAGAGUCAAUGGAGACUGCACAGGAUGUCAUAGACAGAUCAGAACCAGUUCAGGUUCCUGACACCAAACCCAAAGUUCUGGAUUCUGGUUUUGGAGGAAUCGGAGAAGGGUCAGCAAGCACGUGGCUCAUACCAGGGGAUGAAGAUGAGGUGGAGGAGGAUGAUAUUGGGGAUGAGGAUGUUAAAGAGUUUGAUGUCAUGGAGGAAGAGGAAGAACAAGAAAGCAAAGAGUCUAAAAAGAGAGCUGUGGAGGAGUGCCAUAGUGACAGUAGUGAAGAAGAAGCGACUGUAACGCUCAACGAAGCAGACAUUAGCAACCUAAACACAAGAAAAGCCGCAGAUCCAUCAGCUGAUCUGGAUCUUUCUGUUGCCCUCAAAGCCACAAAUCCAAAGAGUGUGACAACGAGAGAACCAUCGUCAAAAAAGAAAACCAAACGGAAAGGAAAGAAAACAAAGUGAUUUUGCUUGAAUCAUCUUCCAAAUUAAUAAGAAAUGCAGAUAUAUUCUUCUCAUGUCAGAACCGAAUGCUCAAAAGCAGUUGGGUUGUUUACUUUUUAAAGGAAAAGUAUACCUUUGGUUUUUGGAACCAGUUGAUUGUGUUAAUCCUGUGUAAAUAUAGAUAUACACGACAAAACUAAGUUGUGAAAAUUUCAUUUCAAAAAAUGGUUGGUUUUUGAGAUAUCGUCAAAAAUCCGGAGCAAUUAUGACCACAAAGGAAGAAUAAUCUGUAACUAGAUCACACAAUCUGACCUAAGACUGAUAUUUUUUUCCAUAUCUCAAUACUUCAAAGUGAAAUGAUUCUCAAAAUUCUUUACAUUGCUUUAUCAAAAGUUGCUAUACUUCUAACUUAAGUAAGUUUUCAUUGGCAUUAAUUUUAAGAGUGAUUACCAAACAUAUACCUCUCCUUUAAGUUAUUGCCUACCAAAAACCUAUGUGAAGGGUGUACACACAUUCUCUGUUUGUUCCACAAGCCAUUUCAUCAUCUCAAUGAUACAUUAUUACAAUAAACAACAUUUUAUGUUUCGAUGGCAACGGUGCAUUCUGGGUACUUGAUUCUUGCAUUGCCAUUACUGAGCUGAACUCCGCCAAACAAGAACUAAUGGUCUUGAAAAGCUUAGUAAUGAAUUGGUUACCAAAAUCUAUAAGCCAUGUCACACGAGGCAGGGCUGAUGAAAUCAGUCCUAUUAAUCAGUACCCGUAUUGGUUACAACAGCCCUUCAAACGACCUUUGUCUAAGUUCAAGUUGUGACUUGACUGAAAUCAAAGUUUGGAAGUCAGCUUUGAUCUGAGUGUAUGCUUUAACUGCAAAUUAUUGUUUCAAGAGUCUGUUAUAGUCACAACUUCUUCAACAAAAAGUACAGUCAACCCCAACUUGUAUAAAGAGGUUCUUAUAAUAAAGAUGACAUUCUGAAGUACUGAA